UCAGCUGGCACCAGCUUUGAGCUUUGGCUCCUCCAGUUAUUGCUCACGCGUUUCCCCACAUCUUCAUACCCUUCUCCUCUUUCUUAACUCUACAACUACAAGCAUUUCCUUUGCCCUAUAUAUACAUGUAUAUAGUAUAGCUCUCAUGCACUAAAACCUCUCAUUCACAAGCAACGAUUUCUCCCUAAAGUCUAAACAUGGCCUUUUCUUCUAAUGGGUUCUCUAUGUUUGUAUUGGUUUGUCUAGUGGUAAUUAGCUCUUUAUCAGUCGCCACUUGUGCUGGUAACUUCUACCAAGACUUUGACAUAAAAUGGGGUGGUAGCCGUGCCAAGAUAUUCAAAGCAGGACAGCUUUUGUCUCUGUCUCUAGACCCAGUUUCUGGUUCUGGCUUCCAGUCCAAGAAAGAAUACCUAUUUGGGAGGAUUGAUAUGCAGCUCAAACUUGUUGCUGGCAACUCUGCUGGCACUGUAACUGCCUACUAUUUGUCUUCUCAGGGGCCAACUCAUGAUGAAAUUGACUUCGAGUUCUUGGGAAACCUUAGUGGUGACCCUUAUAUACUACACACCAAUGUGUUCACUCAGGGCAAGGGUAACAGGGAGCAACAGUUCUAUCUCUGGUUCGAUCCCACAAGAAAUUUUCACACUUAUUCCAUCAUCUGGAAGCCCCAACACAUAAUUUUCUUGGUUGAUAACACUCCCAUAAGAGUAUUCAAGAAUGCUGAAUCGAUUGGUGUUCCCUUCCCUAAGAGCCAACCUAUGAAGAUUUACUCUAGCCUCUGGAACGCUGACGAUUGGGCAACAAGAGGAGGAUUGGUGAAAACUGAUUGGUCUAAGGCACCCUUUACAGCUUACUACCGGAACUUCAACGUUAAGGCUUCCACUUCUUUCUCCGAUUCUACAUGGCAGACCAAUGAGCUUGAUGCCCCUGGCCGAAGAAGACUGAGAUGGGUUCAGAAAUACUUCAUGAUUUACAACUACUGCAGUGAUUUAAAACGCUUCCCUGGAGGUCUUCCACCUGAGUGCAAACGGUCAAGAUUUCUCUAAAUAGAUCACUCUUUCUGGUAGAAUUUUGAAUGGAGUCUGUAAUAUAUAUAUAUAUAUAUAUAUAUUAGUCCACGGGUGGAAACUCUUUAUAAAUUCCUCUUUGAUCAAGUUUCACUUAGCUUGAAAUUUAGGGGUCAAAUAAAAUAAAUUAUAUUCUUUUGCUGUGUUCUGUUUGUUACCACUUAGCAGGGAGUUGAUGCCACCUUCUGUGUUCAUCCACCCUGUAAAGUUGUUGAAUCACGAUGUUUGAAUAUAUAUAUAUAUGUAUGUUCAUAUGAUAAAAUUUUUCUCUCUUUA